AUGUGCGACAAUGCAUGCGACGGGGCGUGCGACGAGCACUCACCGUUGGAGGUGAUCGAAAUCGGGCGCGGGGAGGCUCGAGUGGGGCAGGUGUAUCCGGUGAAGCCGUUGCUCGCGUUCCUCGUCGUCAGCCCCGAUCUCAAGUCCUCCUGGAAGAUCGUGGCCGUCAAUUCUUCGGAUCCGAUGGCUGAACCGUUGCUGGAUUCGCGAAGUGGUUACCCGGUUUGGCUGGAAGCGAAGCUGGGCGAAAUCGUGGAGUGGCUCAAAUACUACAACACCAUAGCGGGACGUGAGAAGCCAGCGCCCUUGAGUGGUCUCACUCAUUUCUCCCCAUCACCCCACCCAACCCUCCCCGUUCCCCCAGUCGAUCCGCCCAGCACCAUCGCGGGUCGUGAGAAGCCAGCGCCCUUGCAUCGCACCAUCGCCGCCAUCAGCGCCGCCCAUGCCGCCUGGACGCACUGCCACCGCCGCCGCAGCAGCAACGUAACGAGAACCAACACCACGAGCAGCAGUAUUCCUAGUGACGGCGUUGCUCUGAAGGAUCUGAGGCAGCUCGCAGAGCGAACGGCCUCCGCUGCUCUCACCAACGCCAUCUGCGAAUUCGCCCGCGUUCCCUUCGCCCAACCUGCCUCCGUACCUGCCGCCGCCGCUGAUGGUGCUUCUGUCGCCGAGCCUAUCCCCACCGGAAUGCUCCUAGACUCUCCCUCCCCCUUGCAUCGCUCCUCCUCUUCCCUCCUCCGCCAACCCCGCACCUUGACCCGCUCCACCUCUGCUUUCCUGCGCCAACCCCUCACGCCCUCCCCCUUGCUGCGUCCCCCUUUGCCGCCUCUCACCCCUCGCCGCCCCCCGCAUGCCUUCUCUCCCUCCUCCUCCUCCCCCUCCCACCGGCAAGCGGCCUCAAGAUCUGUGUUUCUCGACCUAGUUGAGUCUGAUCAAGUGGUGGAUCAAGAGGCUUGUCAAGAGGUGGGUGAAGCGCCAAAGGCGGGUCAAGUGGACAUUCAGAGAAGCAGACACGGCCGAUCACGCAGCAGCAUCAGCUUCAGCUUCAGUGAAAGCAACAUCGACAUUGGUGCUUGUAGCAGUGGGAAUCCCAACGCAAUCCGCAGCAGCAGCAGCAGCAGCAGCAGCAGCAGCAGCAGCAGCAGCAGCAGCAGCGGCAGCCGGCAUAUGGGUCGAUCGGCUACCCUUCACGUCCUAAUCCCACCUCCGCUUCUAGACGCUUCUCCCUCAACCCCUCCCCAAGCAAUCCCCUCCUCUUCUCCCGAUCCCGCUUACCUUCCCUUGAAGCCUCCUCCUGGUCUUGCUUCUCCCCUCUCUUCCCUGCCCUCUCCCGUGCCCACUGCCGCGCCUGUAGGGAGAGGAGGGAGGUACGACUUCCGCCGGUCAAUAUCCGCUCAGACUGAACGGGAGUCUCAAAAACAGCUUGGCAGGGCUGGGAAGCUGGAAAGGUCUGGCAAGUCGGGGGGGCUUGGCGCAGAUCUGCUGCCUGACACUACGAAAGAGCAAGCCGGACUGGCCAAGUUGCCAAAGGCAGGACCCGUCGGGCAGCCGAAAACGCCCAACACGUCCAAAACCCCCAAAACACCCAGCACUUCCAACAAGCCGAGGACGCUCAAAACUCCGAGAAAAACGGCUGAAGAAGCCAGCAGCUUCCACAAGUCGCCAACAGUGGGAGCUGAUCUUGCCAAGACCCCCAAAGCAGGAAUUGAGACUCCCAAAGCUGCCAUUGCUGCUGCUGCUGCUGCUGCUGCUGCUGCUGCUGCUGCUGCUGCUGCUGCUGCUCCUGCUGGUGGUGGCGCUGGUGGCGCUGGUGGUACUGAUGGUGGUGGCUGUGGUGGCGGUGGUGGUGAGAAGAGCGGUAGCAAGAGAGGGGUGCUGAAAGCAGUGCUGAAGCUCACGGACGUGCUGGCCCGUUUCAAGCGGGCUCUUUCUGACAAGACCGAGCGACCCCCGCCUCGUUCUGAGGACGCCCUUUAUCCGGGCAGCAGUCCACGCCUUCCUGACAGCAGUCCACGCCUUCCUGACAGCAGUCCACGCCUUCCUGACAGCAGCACUGACGUGUUGGCCCGCUUCAAACGUGCUCUCUCUGACAACACUGAGCGAUCUUGGCACAAAUCACUACAGCACAGCCGCUAUGCUGCUGCUACUGCUGCCUCUGAAGGUGGCGGAGGAGCAGCAGGAGGAGGGGGAGCUUUGGGCCUUUCUCCGACGUCCGUCCCACGCCCUGUCUCUCGCUCGCACAGGAGGAGCCGGUCUCUCACAAUGCUGCAACGAGCCUACGGCUCGGCCAGUGAGUUCCUGGGCUCGAGCGAUCUCGAUCUGCUGCUGCUGCAAGAAGCACCUGAGUCAGACGAGUCACAGGAACUGCAGGGGCUGCAGGGAAGAACAGGAGGCUCAAGUAAGGCCCGUGCCCCGGCUCCCUCCAAAGAGCCCCAGAGUGCCUCGCAGCUCACAGGUCCGUGCAGACUCGCCCCGGAAUCCUCACAGGCGCUCACUCCAGAACUCAGCGGGAACGUUUGGAACUCGGCUGUGGAGGGGUAUGUGGGUGGAUACGCAGUCAAGGAGGUGAGUUUGGAUGAGCAGCAGCAGCAGAAGCUGCAGCAGAAUAUUGAGGAGGAGUGGAGGGGAAUGGGCAAGAGGGGUGUGGAGCUGGAGGAGGAGGAGAGGAAGGGGGAGGAAGAACAGGAAGAGGAGGCAGAGGAGGGAUCUGCUCAGAAGCACCAUACAGCAACUGCACGAGAAGAAAUCACGAUUUCAUGGAUGGACUUGAGCUACAACUUCUCGUCUGCUAUUGAGUCGACUCAAAAGCAGGCAGAGAAGGGAUGUGCUCCGAAGCACCAUACGACUGCGGCACGAGACAGCACGGCACGAGACAACGCGGCACGAGAAGACAACCCAAUUUCAUGGAUGGACUUGAGCUACAACUUCUCGACUCAUCCUGGCGACUCUCAGCACUCCGAAACCGUACGUUCUUAUAUUGAGGAGCUUGUUGCCGGUGGUUGUUCUGACAGCGAGGAGGAGGAUGGCGGUGGUGUGUGUGCUUAUAACGAAGCCCUUGCCGAGUGUGUGUAUGGGGAUGAUCCCUUCUCGAUUGCUCUGAGGGAGAGCACUUUCAGAAAGGAAGAAGGGAGCAUGGGGAGUGGCUUCCCGGGUGGACCCGACAGGCUGCAGCAGCCGAGAGGCUUGAUAUUUGCUCUGCAGGCAGUGGCGAUGGGUAUGCAACGGCGGCAGGUGCAGAAGGAGGGGGAGGAGAAGGAGGAGGAGAAGGAGAAGCCGCAUGCUCCACCAGCAGCAACGGUAGCAGCAGCAGUAGCAGCAGCAGAAGUAGCAGCAGAAGUGGCAGUAGGAGGAGGAGAAGAAGAAGCAGCAUCAGCAGCAGCAGCAGCAGCAGCAGCAGCAGAAGGGGAGGGAGGGAAGGAGGGGCAGGAGUCACUUGAGGCGCGCUUGAGGCGAUGGCAUGAGAGCAUGGGUGCCUCUUCUUCCUUCUCCCCCUCGCAUCCCCCACCCGUGGGCCUGUUUCUGCCCGGCCUGCCCCACUGGACCAAGCGCUCGCUCCCUCGCUCGCUGCGCAUCUCCCGCUCGCUGCUCUCCUUUCAAGAGCGCGCGCUGCUGGAGCACCGCCAAGAGAUGGCUCUCCUGCAAGGCAUGGCUGGUGAAAGGGAUGGGGAAAAGAAUGGGGAAAGCGAGCUUUGGAGUGAGAGGAAUGGGGGGAGUAGCAAGGGUAUUGACGAGGGGAGCAAGGAGGAGAGAAUCAAGAGGCCAGCAAGGAGGUGUGAGAGGGCAAACAGUGACGGAGGUGUGGGUUCCCUCCUGUCAGCAGCAGCGGCGGCGGUGGCAGCGCCAGUGUCCCCUGGAGAGUCUAUCCGGGCGGCCGUGGCUGUUUACUCGGCUUCCAGAGAAUUCUGGCGGCCCCCCUCCACCCCCAAGCCUGUCAUGGACGGCAGAGCAAAGCAAGCCAAACUGAGCCUGCCAAUGUAUUCCCCUCCUGUGCCUCCCAUUGGCCUAGAGAAACUAAUGGAGGGCGCAGCAGUGGGUGGGAGUGGUGGAUUUGCUGGGCUUGCUGGGUUUGGUGGGGAGGAGGCGGAGGAGGAGGAGAAAAAAGGGAGUUUGGGUACAGCUUUAAGGAAGGGUAUGGGAGAUCAGGAAGAAGGGGAAGAGGCAGUGGAAGGGGAAGAGGAUGGAUUGACUGUAGGAGAGGAGGGGAAAUGUUGUGUGAGAGGAGAAGAGGGGGAUAUUGGGGAAAUUGCAGGAGAGGGAGGAGCCAAGGGAGGUGGGUGA